GCUAGUUAUAUUUGGUGUCUUGAAUACGAGGUGGCAUAGAGUCUACGACAAUCCCGGUUGAAAUCUAACAUAGUACACUAUUCAUUCAGCACACUACGAAAUAUCAAUCUUUUUCUAUUGCCCAGUCUUUCCAACUCACAUUGGUAUCUACCGCUGCCUUGAACCAUUGCAAUGAAGUUCUCAGCCCUUGCCGCGAGUCUGUGCAGCCUUACUGCUUUUGCCAGCGCCAACCUAGAUGAAAAACGAGCGUUUAACGUGGCCUUAACUUUCUAUGGCGUUGACGGAUCCUCUUACGGGGAAACAUUUCCAGCAGAUACCACAUCGGUCCGCAUCGACAAUCCGACUGUGGUUAAGAGCAUCUGGUCAAACGGAGGAGGAUUUUGUACCAUCAUUGGCGCCGAUGGUAGCUCCGUUGUUAUUGCGGGAGAGGGAAACUAUACUGUGAAUCCUCCCCAGGUCCAGGUUCGGGGAGUCUGCGACAACCUGUGAGCACUUGGGUAGUUUAUCUAUAACUUACGUUGGAAUAGUAACUUCUUGGGUUGAAGAGAAAUUCGCUCACUGAAUAGCUUGAAAUAUAAGAAAAAAGGCCUCUGACGGGAAGACCAACAAUGAAUUGUGUAUUCCCUCGUAUUUUGUC